GCACUUUGUUUGUCGCUUGCGUUGAAGCUGUGGUUGUGUGAACUACCUCAAAAGAAUAUCUCAAGAUGUUCAAAUAUUUAUGCGUCGCCCUUGCAUUGGCCUUGGGGGCAGAAGCCUACUCCUCGGGUGCUCCGGAAAGUGCCUGCAAAGACAUGAUACCGAGACAUCCAGUCGACGCACAGAAAUCGCCCGCGCCUUAUGUGGUUACCACAAGUUCUAAGGUGGUGAAAGCAGGAGAACAAAUUCAAGUGACAGUGACUGGAAAGUCACCGUCGGACACCGUGAGAGGUCUGAUGAUGCAAGCCAGAGCUGGUGACAAACCCGUGGGGACCUUCACCAUCGACAGCACCAAUAAAUUAGUGCGGCUCAUGAAAUGCGAUAACAAUGGCGACACAGUGACUCAUAAGAAACACGACGCUACGGACGACAAGCAGUCGGUGACACUAACUUGGACUGCGCCCAAGAACUUCAACGAGAUAGUGAAAUUCAGGGCCACCAUCGCACUAAAUGGAGCUGUUUUCUGGGUCGGAGUUGAAUCAGCGCCAGUCAAAAUAACCCCUUGAAAGAUAUCAAUUUAAUCUCUUAUUAUUAGAUACUUAUCCCCUUAUUCAUAAUGGUCCGCUAACUUUAAACAGCCGCUUAGGAGCAAUGAUAUUAUAUACUUUUAAAUAUCAUUGCUUAGGAGUGUUUUUUCUCAUUCUGACUUAGGUCAAUAGAAGAAGACAGAGUGAUAAUUAGCAAUGCUUUAAGUUAGCCGACUAUUAUGAAUACGAAGUACGGCUCUAUCCACAAAUUACGUCACAUAAAUUUACAUAAUUUUUACCCCUCCCCCGGUCACAAUUAUUGUGAGACCCCAGAAGUGUGAUGUCGCAUAUUUUGCAAUUUUACAUUUACUUAAGUACGAAUUUUAGAUAUAAAAAAUUAAAGCUGUUUCCAAAAAAAUAUUAUUUAAAUUCAGUUUUCUUUGCAAUUUUUUGAUAUAGAUUACAAUUCACUUUCAACACUGCACUACUAUACCUAAUAUCUGUCCAUAAUGUGUUAACUUCUUCUAUAUUUUGAUUUAUCAUCAUAAGCUGCACUGAAUGCUUCUUAAAAUAUACAGUAGGUAGUCUUAAAUCACUUUUUUGUUCAGUUUAAAAGUGUCUCAUUAGUUAAAAUUCCAAAACAGAAAAAAAAUAUACAACGUUGUUUAAAAAUUUGGCAAGAAAAAAAAAUUAAACUUUAUCACGCACACAGAGUUUUUGUUACUCUUUAGUAGUAUGUUGUUAAAAUUGUUAUACUUAGAUAUAGAAUAUUAUACUUUGAAAGAAUGUGAUGUCACAAAUAUUGUCCCCCCCCCCUUGCCACACAAUGUCACACUUCGUCAAUCCCCUCCCUCCCCCUUACCAUGUGACGUAAUUUAUGGUGCCUUACUUAAAACUGUGUUAUGACCCUUUAAUAUUAUUAGCGAUGUAAGCUUAGUUAUACUUCUAAUAAAGUUUAAAACAAAAACAA